AUGGACAUCUUGCAAAGGCUCGGUAUCUCUCUCCCCGUUGCCACCGGAUCAAUUGGCCUCAUAAUAGCUCUCAUCGCAGCAAUGGGAUUGUUUGGGAAGAAGAACCACAUGCCCGUUGCGGGCCGGACAAUCCUUUUGACCGGUGCCUCGGAGGGCAUGGGUCGCAGCGCGGCCAUCCGGCUCGCAGCCAAGGGCGCUCAUCUGAUCCUCGUGUCCCGCAAUUUGGAGCGUCUUGAAGAAUCCCUCGCCGCCGUGAGGGCCGCCGCCGCAUCCCCAGCAACGCAGCGGUUCACCUACAUCUCAGCUGACGUCUCCGAGCCCGACUAUGCCACAGGAGUGGUUGCCCAAGCCACGGCCUGGAACGGCGGGCGAAGCCCCGACAUUGUUUGGUGUGUAGCAGGACUCUCUACACCGCUGCUCUGGACCGACGACAACGCCAUGGCGGCAGCACGCCGCAACAUGGACGUCAACUACUUUGGCUCGGCCGAGAUGUCCCGCGCCAUUCUACGCGAGUGGUUGCGGCCCGAGAACGCAGCUCCCGGUCGCAACUCUGAACCUAAGCACAUCAUCUUCACCGCAUCAGUGCUCGCGCUGUUUGCCAUUGUUGGCUACGCCCCAUACACCCCAUCCAAAUGGGCCCUCCGCGGUCUAGCCGAUACCCUAGCCAUGGAGGUCAACCUGUACCCGGAUCACCCGAUCAAACUGCACGUAGUGUGCCCAGCGACCAUCACCAGCCCCGGCCUGGAGCGUGAAAACCAGACCAAGCCGGCUAUCACAGUGGAGCUAGAGAAGGAUGAACCGCCGCAAACCCCCGACACGGUGGCCGAGAAGGCGAUUGCCGGUUUGGAACGGGGCGACUACUUUGUCGCGGUGUCGUUCCUGGGCAAUCUUAUGCGCUGUGGCGUGAUGGGCGCGUCCCCACGGAAUAAUUGGCUGCUGGAUACUCUGUUGGGCUGGUUUAUCCCCAUAAUCUACUUUUUCGUGUUGAAGAUUAUGAAUGGGCAGGUUAGGGGGUGGACGAGCACUCAUGGGAACCCGGCCAAGACGAGGCCAAAGAGAAAGAUAUCUCGGGGACGGCUGGUUUCAGAAAUUCAACCCACGAUUGGCAUGAAAUCAUCAGUCAUCCGCUCACAGCGCGGCCGACCCAAUAAGGUGACGAAGCAAGGUCCUCCGCCACGCGGUCGCACUCCGCGCCAGGUGACAGCAACUCAUUUGGCCGCCACUCACGAGGACGACCAAGCGCACGUUACCCUGUCCGGCGAGCUUAAAGACGGCGAAGGUGACCCGAGUUCCGUAUUUGAGGACGUGAGGAUGGGUGCGGAGGACUACGCCGCUGCUGCUGCUGCCGCUGCCGCCAUGGACAACGAUCUAACGGAAGACGCCCACGGUGAGGCCGAAGCCGAUGCCGAGAUGGACGACGAUGACGACGGUACCGGUGCUUCGUCAAACAUGCCUCAUGUAGAUCUCACCGCCGCCAACAUUCUCGUCAACGGCGGGAGCAACCCGCAGGGUGUUCCCCUUUCCCAGCCCGUCCAGGAGCAGCUGCAAGAGAUGCAGCAAAACCUAUCACACGCCCAUCAACAUCAACACCCGCAUCAGCCAGCUGCUCAAAUGGGCGGUCAUCAGGGCGUAGACCAGUCCAUGGUCAAGACGACGGAGGAUCUUUCGCGGGACUCCGGGUACGGCGACCUCAACGUUGAGAGUGCAUUGGCCAAGCGGUUAGCUCGAGAGCCCGGCCAGCGCCUCGCCCAACAACGCCGUCCCGAGCAAGCCUUGAACCUUGCGCGACGUAGCAACGUCGAGGCUCUCUUUGCCCACAUUGCCGGCGAGCCCGCCCGUAUUCCCUGCAAGAACUGCCACAAGGGGCAUGGGCCAUGGACGAGCUGUGUCGUUGUUGAUGGUCAGAUGUGUGGCAGCUGUGCCAACUGUUGGUUCAACGCCAGUGGAGCCCGUUGCAGCUUUCACGAAACGCGCAAUCCACAGGCCGUUGCCCAGCAUCCUGCUAUCCUUCCAGCCGCCCCUGCCGGGUUCAGUAACGACCCGGGCUAUCGCCUCGGCGCGGCCUCUCACCCGCUGUUACCUCAUGGAGCCGCCGCGCUCGGGGGUGUCACCCAUCCAGGCGGGUUGCUGAUUAACAAUCCGGUACUCCAACAGAUGGUCAACCGAGCGAUGGGCGAAGUCCGCCAGGCCGACAAGGCCACACGCCAACUUAUCCGAAUUGAGAUUGCCGCCAAGCAGCUGGCUCUGCAAAUCGUCGAGACCGAGGAGAUGGUUAACCACCAAGACCAGGCUGGCCAGCAGGUCCUUAACGAUGAAUCUGGGGCAUAG